AUGCCUUAUGUAGCUCCUGAAGUAUUAAGAGGUAAUCCUUAUACUCCAGCAGCAGAUGUAUAUAGUUUUAGUAUGAUCAUGUAUUUUGUAGCAACUGGGAGACAACCUUUCGCCAAUUGUGCACAUGAUCAUCAUCUAGCAUUAGAUAUAUGUAAAGGAAUUAGACCAGAAAUAAAUGAGCCGGAAGCACCUAAAUGUUAUAUUGAGUUAAUGGAAAAGUGUUGGAAUUCAAACCCUGUCAAUAGACCGAAUGCUGCUGAAAUAGAAGCAACUAUUAUUUCAUUUUAUAAUUCAUAUCGUUCACAAGAUAAUUAUGAAAUUAAAAGACAAUUUCAAGAGGCAGAAAAUUAUAGAAAUACAAAUAAUAAUAGCAAAUCAACUAUUCAUCCUCAAGCUAUUUAUACAUCUCGAUUACUUAAUCCUUAUACAAAAGAUCUAUCAGAAUACAUUGAUGAAAAUACUCAAUAUUUAAGAUAUGUUGAUAAUAACACCGAAUGUCUAGACUGUGCAAUAUAA